AUUCACCUUACGCGCGAUAUGAUCUUCUGCCGCAGUCGCUGAGCUGAUCUACACCCGCCUCCUUCCAAUUCUAUUCUCCUACUCUCCUACCCUUCCUAUGACCUCAAUAACGUGGUUUACAUCGAACACUCAGAAUCAUGUUACAUUUUCGCACCGAGGGCUAUAAUGGCUGUGCGGUGAAGUACUCCCCGUUCUUCGAUAAUCGGCUGGCCGUCGCAGGGUCAGCCAAUUUUGGACUUGUAGGAAAUGGACGAAUGUACAUCCUGGAGCUGACUCCAAACGGGAUUGUACCCGUAAAAUGGUUCACUACCCAAGACUCGUUGUACGAUCUUGCAUGGUCUGAAAUCCAUGAAAAUCAAGUCCUCACAGCCUCCGGUGACGGUAGCAUUAAGCUGUUCGAUUGCAACCUUAACGACUUCCCAGUUCAGAAUUGGAAAGAACAUAACCGUGAAGUCUUCAGUGUGCAUUGGAAUCUCAUAGCAAAAGACCGUUUCUGCUCCAGCAGCUGGGACGGUACCGUGCGCGUCUGGACCCCCGAUCGUCCGCAUUCUCUCAUUACCCUUCCUACACACAGCUGCACUUAUUCCGCUGCCUUCUCGCCACAUUCUCCUGAUAUCCUCUCCUGUGUCACCUCUGACUCGUACGUCCGCAUUUUCGACCUUCGCACUCCGGCCUCUGCCUCCAACCACCUCACUCUCCAGAUCCCAAUCCAUGCGGCCCCAGUAUCGCCAAUUCCCGCACAACCGGGAGUCCCGCCGGCUGCCUGUCCCCCUUCGGAAGCUCUGACGCACGACUGGAAUAAAUAUCGGCCGUCUAUCCUGGCUACUGCCGGCGUCGACCGGACGAUCCGCACGUUCGACAUCCGUGCCCCGCAGCAAGGCCCACAAACCGUCAUGGUCGGGCAUGACUAUGCCAUUCGCAAGGUCUCUUGGUCACCACACCUCUCUAACGUUCUCCUUAGUGCAAGCUACGACAUGACCUGUCGUGCAUGGAGCGAUCAGUCUCCCCCAGGGGUCAUUGGAGAUGUCGACUCGAUGCGGGCGGGUCCUAAUCCAGUAAUGGGAGCGGAGCUAGGCCGAAUGGCCCGACAUACAGAAUUUGUAACCGGAAUAGACUGGUGUUUGUUUGGAAGCGAGGGCUGGUGUGCCAGUGUGGGAUGGGACGAGAGUGUGUAUGUGUGGGAUGUCCGGGCAGUUAUGUGAUAAAAGCACAUCUGGUUUUGGAUGACCCGUCUUGGUUUAUUUCUUUUUUCUGUAUUGGAUAUUAGAUUGCAUGAUACCAUUUUCUGGCAGCGAUUGAUUGGCCUGUCAGAUAUUGA